AUGGCGUUUGGUGCAUUGAUUUUCACCCCGGGUAAUUUACUGAUCAUACUAAAUCUAUACCUCUACUUAUCAAGUUUUUCCAGAGACUUGUCCCAUUCUACUCCCGCCGACCUCAACUGUAAAACUCUACAUGUGUCACAUCUGUUGUCAAAUCCUCACUCAAACCAAUAUUCUCGUUUGAAUAUUUCCCGUCGAUCAGCAUUCACCAAACCUCUCUCGUCAGAUAUGAAAUUAUUCCGUGGACUCCAUGUUGCCAUGAACUUUUCCAUAUCAAUUAUCCUAAUAUCUCUAUCUAAUGACAUUGCUACUAACCCUGGCCCUAACAAUAAUCAAUACCUUCACUGCCUUUCCUUCAAUGCUCAAAGUAUUCGAAGUACUAGAAAGUUACAAGAUGGAACGUACGCCAGUAACUUACGAUCUUUUCAAGACUUGGUUUACGCCGAGGAACUUGACUUAAUUCUGGUGACGGAAACAUGGCUAAAUGCAACUUUUACGGAUAACGAGGUACUUCCUAACGGUUAUAAUAUUAUCAGGAAAGAUCGGUUAGUUAACCAACGCGGUGGUGGAGUUCUUAUAGCUUUGCGUGACAACAUCUCUUACAACAGACUUACUGCUGGAAAAAAUAGUCCAAACUGGUCAGAUCGUCUUGAGUUAAUUGCAAUCGAACUCGAAAUGGCUAACUCAAAGAAAGCUCUCGUUUGUGUUUGCUACCGACCACCAAGCUGUGACAUUAACGAAUGGCUCGAGUUGUUCACGUCAUUUCUUGAAACAACAUCACAUUAUGAUAAAGUUUUUAUCACUGGUGAUUUCAAUUUUCCAGACUUAACUUGGAACUCCGCCCGUGUUCCCUUUUCGCCAGAAAGAAGCACCUCUGCUGGAUCUGCUGAAUUUAAGGAACUAACUUUCGAUUUCUUUUUACACCAAAUUAAUACGUGGCCAACCAGAUUGAACAAUAUUCUAGACCUUGUCUUAACAACUACUCCUGAAAACAUUGUCAACCUUUCGUGCAUCUCACCAGCUACAAUGGACAUCUCGAGUGACCACCAUCUUUUGUUCUUUGACAUUUUACAUAAUUUAAAGUCAACUGGAUACGACAAAAGAACUGUAUUCGACUUUCACCUCGCUGACUGGGAUUCUCUGCAUGAGACACUAAACCAUCUUGAUCUUUCCCCUGACACCACCUCUGACGAUAUCAAUGCUGACUGGCUACAAUGGAAAGGCUUAUUUCUCGGCGCGGCUGCUAAACACAUUCCACAAAAGUUAUUUAAAAGACGUAGCACUCCCCCAUGGUUUGACGGUGAAGUAAAACAUCUAUUCAAUCGAAAAAACUGGUUCCGAUGAAAUGCUAAGCGUAGGUUGUGCUCCAAGCUUUGGGAAAAGUAUAGAGUUACGACGAGUAACAAAAUACGUCAUCACCAACAAAUGGAAACAGUUUUUUGAAUCCGUGCCCGCCUUAUUGAAGUCAAGUAGCAAGAAGUUUUGGUCAGUGUUUAAGUCCGUUCGUAAGACCUCGAGCGUUCCCAACAAAAUGACUUGGUCUGAUCAUGAUGGAGUAACCUCUACAGCCAACAACCCAGCCGACAUCGCCAAUAUACUAAAUCGCUAUUUCUACUCCGUUUUCCAACCUUCUCAUAGUAAUAAUGAUGAACAUACUCUUUCCAACUCGACUGACGACUCCAUCACUAAAUCGGAUGCAAUCUCCAACAUCACGCUAACAUCCGAGGAGGUCUACUACGCUCUUGCAGCUCUUGAUGAAAACAAAGCGACUGGACCGGACAAAUUGUUAAAAAUCUGUGCAUCGAGCGUUUGUUCGUCUUUAUGUGUCUUAUUCAACAAAAGCUUGUCCAUAGGUAAACUAACGUGCGAGUGGAAACUUUCGAACAUAAUUCCAAUUCCCAAGAAAGGCCCUGCUGACGAAGUAUCAAAUUACAGACCAAUAUCUCUCUUGUCUUUGGUCUCUAAAGUUUUUGAACGUUGCGUCUAUAACCAACUUAUAUAUCAUGCCUCCAGUCAACUUCACCAUCUACAAUUUGGUUUUCUCAAAGGCAAGUCUACCACCUCUCAGCUUCUGCGCGUUCUUCAUGAUAUAAACAAGUCGUUAGAAAACCGAAGCCAAGUCGACUCGGUUUACCUGGACUUUGCAACAGCAUUUGAUAAGGUCAGCCAUAACCUUCUGUUAGUUAAACUCCAGAGGUUUGGAAUAAGAGGUGAUCUUCUGCUAUGGUUCAAAGACUACCUCUCAGGACGCUACCAAAGAGUAACAGUUCUCGGUGAGUUGUCCCAUACUCUCCCAGUUCUAUCUGGAGUUCCCCAAGGUUCAAUUUUAGGACCCCUGCUGUUUCUGGUAUUUGUGAACGAUCUUCCUGAUUCAAUUUCAACCCAAUCGUCCGGUGCUAUGUUUGCCGACGACACGAAGUGUUACCGUCCCGUGAACAAGUUAGCUGACUGCGAAAGUCUGCAAAAUGAUCUAAAUAAACUUGUAACAUGGUGCAACGAUUGGAGGAUGGACUUGAAUCAAUCCAAGUGCGGGGUUCUUAGCAUUACUAGAAGUCGUCAACCAAUUAUCGCAGAAUAUCAGCUUAUUGAUACUUCGCUUAAGUCAUUAAUUACCCAGAAAGAUCUCGGGAUCAUUAUCUCCAACGACCUGAAAUGGAACAAGCAAGUUCAUGGCACAGUAUUAAAGGCAAACAUGAUGCUUGGCUUCAUCCGACGAUCAGCCUCUGACAUCAACAACAUCUAAGUCCACAAGAUUCUUUACCUGUCUUUGGUUAGAAGCAAAUUGGGGUAUGCCAGUCAAGUGUGGGCACCCCAAACAGUAACUAACAUCGCUACAAUGGAACGCGUCCAACGUCGUGCCACCAAAUUCAUCCUUUCCCUCCCUUAUAGAUCAGACGUUUUGUACAAAGACUGUCUCCAGUCUAUCGGUAUUCUUCCCAUCUGCUAUUGGCUCGAGUUUCUAGAUUUAGUUUAUCUCUACAACUGUGUUGUUAAUGACUCUGAUACAAACAUCUCAAUACGGGUUUCUAAUCAUAGAACCAGAAACUCUAAUUCCGACAAUGGUAUUCUACUAAAUGUACCUAAAUCCAAGACUGUUAGCUUUCAAAACAGUUUUUACGUAAGAGCACCCAGCGUUUGGAACAUUCUACCCGAUAUCCUCAGAGAUACUACAAGAUCUAUAGUUUCCUUUAAAAGUUUACUAUUUAGAUACUACUUUCACCUUCUCGAACACGUCUACAACCCAGACAAUCCCAGAACCUUUAAAUCGGUGUGCGUCAAAUGCCACUCUACUCGUUCUAUUCAAAAUUUAUCUUUCAGAUCAUGUUGUUGACAGUUUGGCGAAAGCCAAUUAAUGUUUUUGUGCAUGUAUAGUAAUUUGUCUUUUUUGUCGGGACCCCGUUAUUGGAGUUUAUCUCUGUGGUCAGUCCCAGCCAAUGCACUCGUAGAUAUUUGAAUAAGUUUAAUAUUUGUUUGGUGUGGCGAAUCUUGUAAAAUAAAAUAAAAUAAAAAUAAAAUAAAAUAAGAACAAGUACCCCUCAAACCACACAUAGAAGUUUGUUCAAUCAAUUCAAAGCGACAGAGAGACAAGAGGAUUUUGCAGAAUCUGCUGAAGCUGAAAUGAGCAAAAUUGAUGAUGUAACUAUGGGAAGUAGCAGAGGAAUAAAGCAUGACUUGAUGCCAAAUUCCAAAACGUCUAACCAACCCGGGGCUAAAAUGUCCCUUGUUGGUAAGUAUCUUACAUUUACCAGCUAAGAGAUGUACACUGUAGAUUCAUUUUAAUAUUUAACACUUACCCCCAUUCAUACUAUGCCUAUCCCCAUAGAUUCAAUGUAUAGAAAUAAAUUUUACAAUCAUCUUCACUGACAGCUGUAAUAACCUCUGUAUGGUAUGCAUAUGUACUAUAGAACUUGCAAUUUUCUAUUUGCUUUAUUUUCUAGGAGGAAAACCUUCAGGUCAAGAAAUUACAGACACAAAGUCUAAAAUAAUAAAUCUACUGCAAGCUUCCUUUAUUCAAUGGCAUGGCAGUGAGGUAAACAGAAGAUAUCCUACUGUCAUCUAUUGGCUUGGAUAGUGGUAGCACUUCAAAUUCACUGGUUACUCGUACAAUCAAACAAAUUUUCCCAGACAUUACACUAAGAAGGGACAGAAAAAAUUACUUGUAUCCUUUUUAAUUAUAUGGGAUUAGCCAUUUACAUUACAAAUCUGUGUGAAUUGUAUUGUAUUGAAAACUGAUGGAAUUAAUGUCUAUUUUGAAACACAAUAGUAUUUAUCUGUCAACCAAGAUGUUUCUUUAACUGACUAUAGAACAUUUUAUGUGAAUCUCAAACAUAAAAAUUCAUUCUCUUGCGAAGAUUCUGAGUGUUCACCACCAAUUUCAGGUAGGUAAUGUAUGCAUAUCAAUUCUAUAAAUCGGAGGACAUGCGAGUUAUAAAAUGAAAGAAUACAACACAUACAUUCAGUAUUUGUCAAUGUACCAUCAAGGCCCUGGCAGUAAAACAAAGAUUUACCCUAUAUUAAGGACCCCCUUAUUUAUUAGUACAGUUAGUGCUUGGUUAGUGCAUAAGAGUUAGUGCCUAAUGGUUAGUUUUAGUGAGGGAGGAAACUGUAGUGCCCAGAGAAAACCUUCGAAGCACAGGAGAUAACCAACCAAUCUCAACUUAUGUGAGUUAAAAUUAGUUAAGAACACUCAUCUGAGUAUCACCAUAUCCUCAACCUGCUGUAUAGGAGGCUUAACUCAGAUGUAAUAGGCAGCACGCUUACUGCUUUCGCACCCCUGCUCCCCAAUAGUUCUACACAAAAUAUACAACAAUAUUUAUUAAAAAUUAUAGUUUAUUGUUGUUCUUUCAUAUGGCCUUGAACAUUUUUAUGUUCUCAUAGAUGAGAUGAUCAAUGUCCAUCAUCAACUUGGAGCUGUAGAAGAAGUGCUAAGACAAAUUUUACAGCAACUGGAAAUAGCAGGUGAAAUGUGCACUUUGAGGAACUCUUGA